GUUCACUGUCCAACAUCUGCUUUUCAGUUAUAUGGCUGAGUUUCAGCUUCUCAUUGGAAGAGGCAUGCAGACAACAUUUGCACUUAGACGGCAGGAGAUUGUCACUGGAGAUAAAACAAUAAAGGAUCUACUGGCUCAAUGGCCCGCCCUUAACAUGGAGUCACAGGUGUUUGCGGAGUUCCAUCGCAUCACCAAUGUGAAUCUCCGCAAUACAUUCUACUACGCAGAGCUUGAUCGUCAUACAAAAUCACUAGUUGCACUGUACAGGCAGAAGGCUUCUCACACAGGAAAGAUUCCAGAGGCCCUGCAGAGAAUCCUCAGAGAAUAUGAUAUGCAGGAGGAACAGGAUAUAAAUUUGAGGCGCACACUGUCACUUCGUGCGCUUUCAGUCUACUUGAGAGAGGAUGACACAGACUUUUAUAAAAGCUGUAAUCAAGAUGGUCAAUCAGAUGUGUCGGACUGCCCACUUGGUCUACUAUCGUCAUCUCCAAACCUGUUCAUACCAGGAAAUCUCUCAAUUGUCAUUGAAGGAAACGUCGUGUUUAGUCAGCUGUCGACUGUGCCAGAGGCAUUUCUGCUGCUGUUUGGACUCAUCUAUGUCUUUAAUAUUGAGUAUCCAAAAAAACCUUGUGAACACUUUUACCUUCAUCCAGAAUAUUCUAGUAUGUCUUGAUGACAAUUCUGUGAUGAAACCAUGCCUUCGCGCACUGAAAAAUGAGCUCUUUAGAGAUGUGUUCCCGAUUUAAAACAUUCAAAGAGCAGCUCUCGGCUCUCCUUUGCAGAACUCUAUAAUCUCGGUCUAAACCAGGUCUAACCCAAAUCAGGACUAAACCCGGUCUAAACCAGGACCGGGAAGAAACACCGAGGAGUCCGGGAAACAGGGAGCUUCAGCGGAGAGACGCUCACGACGCACAAGAGACGCAUGUGGACGCAGGGAGGGAGCAGGUGCAGGAGGAGAGGGGAGUGCGCAUGCGUUACACUGGAGCCGGAGAGGGACACCAUUGCGCAUGUAACCGGGGUGCUUGAACCGUCCGAUUAUCUGCGUUGUGUUAUGUGGGUGAAAUGAGCUGCACACGGGGGUUUGACAUUCAGGAGAGGAUUUAAUACCUGUGUGAAACACACACAAAAAAUCAAGACACAGCCUCAGAUGUCAGAGCUCCACACACACAUCUCCCUCACUCUCUUCAGAGCAAAAAUAACAGGUGUCAUAAUAAUUUUUACCACUUGCAAUAAAUAGGAAAAAAUAACAUUCAGUAUUAGUGAUAAUAUAACAAUAAUAACAAUACAACACUCACAUACCUGUGUGAAACACACAAAAAAAAAAUCAAGACACAGCCUCAGAUGUCAGAGCUCCACACACACAUCUGCAGAGAAAUAAAGGGUGGAACAGACACGAGACCGCGCUUGCUAGCUUAAACUUACAUGCUAGUAGUACUUUUUGAGGUGCUGUAUUUGAAUAAAAAAACAAUACUUGAAACACAUUUAACAAACAGGAACAAUGGCAAAGGCCUUAUAAACCACAAUGUCCAAAUAAAGUUAACAAAAACAAAAAUUUUAUAUAUAAAUCAGAGGAACAAAUCUGCUGCUUACCUCCCUCACUCUCUUCAGAGCAAAUGAGGGGGCGAGGCGCGUCUCCACAGAAAGGAGUGGCACCACCAAAAUAAAAGCAUCUGGUAUAACCAGUCAAAAUAAUCUAAGACACAAACCCAUAAAGAAAUAAAACAGGAUUUUGGUGAAAUUAACAAAACAAUAAGACCACAUGGGCUACACGCAUGUGCACACUUAGAAACCCAACACCAUGGAUCUUAUUAUAUUUCCAUGCCCAACACUGACUGAAAUAGGUUAAAUAAGUGAAAAGUUAAAGUGAGUUACCUCAAUUAAACACUAUUGGCCUAAUAAUAAUAUGUAUUUAUUCAUUUAUUUAUAACAUUUGCGUUACAAAAGAGCUUUUAAAAUGCAAUCAAACUUUUGAUUAAAACCAGUAAAGAAAAUCACAAAGCUCCACAAAUGCUCAAACAUUACAGUCACUUUGUGCAGCAUGUUGAAUUUAUGAAGAAAAUUAUGAUUUUUGAGAAUCCAUCUCGGCUCUUGCUGCUGUGAGCGCUACAAAACCACCAGAAUGAAACUUACAACACGCACAAGAUCUGACACUUCCACAGGUGACAGUGGAAUCUGUGCAGAAUAUUCACCCUCACUGAACGACACACAACCUGUCCCAACGUCAGAGUGUAUAAAAUUAUGUAUUUUAUUAAUUACAAAUGCAUGUAUUUAAUAAGAAAUAUGUAAGAUGUUUAUGUUUUGAAACAAUAGCUCCAUUUGCCACUUUGCAACAGCUAAAGGGAAAUACUUUAGUUAGCUACAUUUUGCAUAAAGUCAAAUUUCAUUGUGUUUAAUAUUCUUCUCCCUCCUCUUCUCAAACUUUUAAUUAAAACCAGUUAACAACAAUACAAAACUUUGCAACAGCUAUUUAAUUUUCUUCUCCCUCUUCUUCUCCAUCGACGCUGUCCAAACCCACCUCUUAGAAACCCAACACCAUGGAUCUUAUUAUAUUUCCAUGCCCAACACUGACUGAAAUAUUGAAGAGUUGUUUGGUUCAGUUCUUAUUAAACAGAUGAAAAACAUGGAACCCCAGGAAUUCAUACUCUGUUACGCAGAGGUUAAAUAAGUGAAAGUUAAAGUGAGUUACCUCAAUUAAACACU